GUGUGGCUGGCCCAGCCACCUCAUCAUGAAGGUGGGUGGCGGCUCAGCGGGGCGGGGACGGCCUGUCAGAGUCAGCCCUGCCCACGGGCUCCUCCCAGCCAGGGCUGCCUGAAGCUGGACGGGUGAAGGUGGCAGGGCACCGGCCAUGGGGUCCCAGGGCCAGGCUGCCCUGGGCCCCAAGUAUGUGGGCCUCUGGGACUUCGAGGCUCGGACAGCUGAGGAGCUGAGCUUCCGGGCGGGGGACCUCUUCCACGUGGCCAGGAAGGAGGAGGAGUGGUGGUGGGCCAUCCUGCUGGACGCGGCGGGCCAGGCGCUGGCCGAGGGCUACGUACCCCAAAGCUACCUGGCCGAGAAGGAGACAGUGGAGUCAGAGCCGUGGUUCUGCGGCCCAAUCUCUCGCUCAGAAGCCUCACACCGGCUGCUGGCCGCGGGCGUCGAGCAGGGGGCCUUCCUGGUCAGGACCAGCGAGAAGCCUGGCGCCAACUAUGUCCUCUCGGUGCGGGACAGGCAGACCGUGCGGCACUACAAGAUCUGGCAGCGGGCCAGCCGGCUGCACCUCAGCGAGGCCGUGUCCUUCCCCAGCCUGGCCGAACUCGUGGAGCACCACAAGGCCCAGAGUCUGUCCCACGGCCUGAGGCUGACCUCGCCCUGCUGGAAGCAUGAGCCCGAGCCCCUGCCCCACUGUGACGACUGGGAGAGGCCGAGGGAGGAGUUCACGCUUUGCCGGAAGCUGGGCGCCGGCUACUUCGGGGAGGUCUUUGAAGGGCUCUGGAAGGACAAGGUCCGAGUGGCCAUUAAGGUGAUUGCCCGAGACGACCUGCACCAACACGCGUUCCAAUCGGAGAUCCAGGCCAUGAAGAAGCUUCGGCACAAGCACAUCCUGCCACUGUACGCCGUGGCGUCCCUGGGGGACCCCGUGUACAUCGUCACGGAACUCAUGCCCAAGGGGAACCUGCUGGAGCUGCUGCGGGACGCUGAUGAGAAGGCCCUGCCGGUCUCGGAGCUGGUGGACAUCGCGGCCCAGGUGGCUGAGGGCAUGUGCUACCUGGAAUCCCAGAAUUACAUCCACCGGGACCUGGCUGCCAGGAACAUCCUCGUGGGGGAGAACACCAUCUGCAAAGUGGGGGACUUCGGGCUGGCCAGGCUCGUCAAGGACGACAUCUACCUCUCCCACGACCACCGCAUCCCCUACAAGUGGACGGCGCCCGAGGCGCUCUCCCGCGGGCACUACUCCAUCAAGUCGGACGUCUGGUCCUUCGGGGUCCUCCUCCACGAGGUGUUCAGCAGGGGCGAGAUGCCCUACCCAGGCAUGUCCAACCACGAGGCCUUCCUGCGGGUGGAAGCGGGCUACCGCAUGCCGUGCCCACGGGAGUGCACGCCCACCGCAUACAAGCUGCUGCUCUCCUGCUGGAACAGGGACCCUGAGCAGAGGCCCAGCUUCCAAGCGCUGUGGGAGAAGCUCUCCAGCCUCACCAGGUACGAGAACCCACCCUGAGCCAGCAUCCUCCCUGCAGCGCUUCCAGGCAGCCAGACUGGGCUGGCCUGGCAAGGAGGCACCAGAGGCACCUCGGAUCCCAGGAAUGGGCCAACCUGAUCCCGGGAGGCUUUUGCCCACAGCUCCCAGAACCAGCCACUCUCGGGAAGGGGCUCGUCAGGGGCAGGGAAGCUCAUGCAGGACAGUGUGGGACUGAGACCACCCCUUCCUCCUGAAAGUGCCAGGCCCUCCUCUGCCAACUCCUCCUCUGGGGCCUCCAGGAGCCAGGGUGCCCCUCUUUCCCAAGGAAGUGGGCCUACCCCUGGUCCUGACCUGAAGCCCACCCGCUGCAACCCAGGCUUUGGCCACACUCCCUUUGCCACCUGGCCCUGCCUGACUCCUGGACUCGAGGGGCACAGACGCCCCAGCACUGAGACAGGGGCACUGAUGCCUGCCACCUGGGGCAAGGCAGCUGUCCUGGCCCACCUGCUUCGGCAAUCAGCAGCUGCCACCAGGGGAUCUGGAGACCCCCGUCUGAACACUGUGGCAAGACUGGGUGGGGCUCAGGCUAGCCUUUGACACACAGCACCCCCAGCUUCGGGAGCAUGGGGGGCCUGCCCCCCCCCCCAUCUGCAGCCUCCUGGACACAGAGGGCAGGCUUUGGGGGCCACCUGCCACCCAGAUGCUUUGGAACGGACUCCUGCAGCGGGGAAGGGGGGCCAGAGGUGGAUGGGCUUCCUCAGGGCCAGCUGAGCCUUGCCACCCACCCAGCGGAGGCCUCUUCUCUCAGCCCUGACCUCACACCCGCCUCCGUCCACCACCACCCUCUGUCCUGAGCACCAGACCCCACUCCUGGCCACGGGGUCACGUGUUGCCCAUGCCUGCCCCCAGGAUGCCAGCAGAGGACAAGGCCCUCCCCGCCACCAACCGCACUCAGAGUCUGACUUUGCCCAAAGCUGGGCUGCCUCUGGUGGGAAGACCCAUUUAGAACUCCCACCAUCCCAGCCCCUCAGCCUGAGUUUGGGUGCCUGGCACCAGGGACCUGUCCCAGGGAUGGAGGAGCCUGCUGGGUGUCUCUCGUAAGAGGCCAGGGGUAGCGACACCCUUCUCAGAAGGCGCAGGGGAGGAAGCUCGGCACGUGAGCUCCCGUCCUCAGGGAGGAUGGCACCCCAAGGCCCUUCAGGGGCACUGGGCCCUCCAGCGGAGGGCUCCUGAACCCAGAGCCAGAGGCCGAGCCUCCUGUGGAGUUAGAGGACCUGACCUGGCUGCCCUGAGGAUUUCAGAUCCAGCUCCUUGCUGCCUGUUCUCCCUGGCUCCCCAAAACAGCAAGGCCGCCCACCCCUUCUCAGUGGCAAGGCUCCAUGCGUGCCAGAGCUGCCUGCCCACCUGAACCGGGGCCAGACCCGAGGUGGCCCCGGUUCAGGUGGGCCGCGAGUAGGGCCAGCUGCCUGCUGCCUGGGAGGCGAGAAGGUUGAGGGGUUGGUGGACUCAUCCGUCCCACGUGGGGGGAGGGGCACGCACACAGCUCACACACCGGUCAGCCUGCUGGCUGCUCCGCGUUUAUUUUCCACUGGGUGCAAGGCACAGGGUUACGGCGUGUCCGAAAGGCUCUCAUGUGGCUUGGGAUAGUCAAGAGCGGGGUUCUCUCACUUUCUUUUUGGUGGUGUGCUGUUCUCAAUUAAAGAACCCAACUGCUGC